AGAAUCGCCCUUCGUAUUGGGAAGUUGAUCUACGGGAAAUAAUGUUCAAUAAACUUCCCAAUGUAAAUUCGCGGAGAACAAUUUGUCCCGGCCCCUCGAGCUUGCCGUCACGUGACGUGCCCGGAAAUUGUAACUCCCCCAUUCGGCCACAGCGCGAGACCUGCUUGAAUGAAUGGCGCUCGUCUCGGCGUUUGCGGGCGUAGUAGCUGUCGCUUGACUCCACCAUGGCGGCCCUGUUGACCCGGCUGCACCACGUUUCGCUCAACGUCUCCAACGCGGAGAAAGUCACCGGCGACCUCGUCUCCAAAUUCAAGUUUAGCUUGUUCGCCACCAGACUGACCGACGGCGCCAAGCAGCUGGCCGUCAGGAAGGGGGCGGCCGUCUUCGUCGUGACGGAGAGACCCGGCCGGGCCGGCGUGGGAAUGAAUGAGAACGGGCUCCACGCGCGCGCUCCACGGCCGCCCCACGUGGGGACAACACCGCACAACGCCGGGGAGCCGUCGGGUUGCCUCUAUGACGUCAGCGCGCGUCACCCGGUGGACACCGUCAACAACGUGUGUUUCGAGGUGGACGACGUGCAAAGGUCAUCCAGGGCUCUGCGCCAUCUGGGCUGCGAUUUCCUGGUCCCGCCCACCACGGUCCACGACCGGUGUGGUUACGUCACCUACUCGGUGGUCAAAUCCAUCGUGGGAAAUGUGUGCCACACGUUGAUUGACAGGACUAAGUACAAGGGUAGCUUCUUGCCCGGGUUCGAAGGCGUCGGGGGUGACUUCCGCCCGCCGGACGCGGACACGUCUUGUCCAAUCACACAUUUUGAUCACAUAACAUACGUGUGUCACAGGAAAACAACCCGACAGGUCAUGCGGUGGUACGAGAAGCUCUUUGGUUUUCAAAGGUUUUUCAUUGAUGGCGGUGAAGACGUGGACGAAGGUUUUGUGAUAAACCAGGAGGGCAUCGGACUGCGUCUCACCGCCAUGGAGUACUGGAAAUGCAGCGAAGCCGGCAUCGCACUUCCCUCCGUCGACAAAAAAGAGCCCGACUGCAAGUUUGUGAUCGCAGAAUCCCUCUCCGAACAAGGAAGGAAUCAGGUCGACACCUUCUUGGAGCAGCACGGCGCCCCGGGGAUCCAGCACAUUGGGCUGUACACGGAAAACAUCGUGUCUACUACUCAUGCGAUGGCCGAUGCCGGGGUCCAGUUUUUCUCCCCCCCUCAGGCCUACUACAUGCAGGUGGGCAAACGGCAGGAGAUAGAGGAGGCGGGACACAGCCCCCAGAUGCUGGCGAAGCACGGCAUCCUCCUGGACACAGACCUGAACCGGGACCGCCGGUCCAGUGUAAACCGAGGGUACCUUCUCCAGGUGUUCACCAAGCCCGUCUUUGCAGAGGACACCUUCUUCCUGGAGCUGAUAGAGCGAAAGGGGGCAACGGGUUUUGGUGAGGGGAACAUCAAAGCGCUGUGGAGGUCCGUGCAGGCGCACAUGGAGACGCACAGGGGCGAUUCUCAAGGAGAGGAAUCCCCGAAACCUGCACGAACCUCCCAGGUAUUAGUCAAUCCCGAUGAAGGGAAUAAAAUAAGGGUGCUUUUGAAAUAAGUUUUUUUUUUUUUAAAAGAGGUAAAUGUAUAAAUACAUAAUGUAAUAUAUUUACAGAUAUUUACUGAGGAGUUUUCAACACAAGUGCUUUCAAUGUUGUUUUUUAUUAUUUAGUGGUUGAUCUCAAGUUGCCUUUUGCACUCCUGACUAGUAAAAAUAAUUGUAUUAAAAUCUAUAUUUUAAGACAACUUUAACAUCAACUAUUUAAAGCUGCACUUUAAACAAAGUGGUACAUUAACAGAUGUUAGAUGGAAACGUUACUACAAAACUACACUUUGUGUAGCAGUAAAAGUGUGCAACUGCCUGACUUCACAGCAACUGUCUCAAUAAAUCUGUUUUUCAAACCACA